CUGAAAUCCUUAAAGGCUCAUCUCUCCAAGUAGGAAGGAGGGUGAAACGCGUAAAGCCCCACGCGCUCCCUUUAUUCCAGGCUCGCGGGCUCUUCGCUUGGUCUCCUUCUCUCUUGAAGCAGCCGACACACGCUCGCGCGCGCGCCCUGACAGGUGUGCUUUUGGUAACCCCCCUAUCAAGAAUAAUUAAUCGGUGGCAGAGGUCUUUGAGAAAUGCGGACGCGGUGUUUGAAGGAGAGCAGCUGCCGUGUUCGUCCUCUCUGCCAGCAUCAGUUCCGCUCCUGCCGCUUCUUCAUCUAACGGCGCAGCAUCGAGACAAUCCCCGGGACUAUGAGAGCAUCAUGCUCCCAGUGACAUGCCUGCUGUUCGCCGCAGUCUGUGCGAGCUGCGCCGAGACGGGUGUGAGGCUGGAGGGGAGGUUGCCCUCUGCAGAGGAGGUCGUCCAGCCCAAGCGGCUCUUGCAACAGAUCCACUCAGAGGAAGAGCUUCUGCACAGUCACCUGGACACCCGGGUCAGAAACCUGCCAGAUGGCAUGCAGCAGCCCAUCCAUUUGGCUCAGAGCAGCUUCCUGGUGGAGGCCUUUGGCUCAUCAUUCAUCCUUGACCUGGAACUGAACCACCAACUCCUGUCUAUGGACUAUCUGGAGCGCCACUUUGACGGCGGGGAGCUGUCCCAAAAUAUGGGCGGGGAGCAUUGCUACUACCAUGGGCGAGUGCGGGGGCUGCCUGGCUCCUGGGCUGCAGUGUCUACCUGCCAUGGCCUGCAGGGGAUGUUUUCUGAUGGCAACUUCUCUUAUGGGAUUGAACCUGUUGGCAAUGGAGAGAAAGACCACGUUGUGUAUCGUAUGCCCAAUAUUGAUCUCUUCUCACCUCCUUGUCCAGGAUGCUUCAUGAACAGCACAGAGCCUGAGGGGCAAAUAAAAGGAGAUGUUGUGGUGAAGGAUGGAGACAUCAAGUCUGAAGAAGACAGAACUGUUUUCACCAGGAUCCGGAGGCGCUCAAAAAGACAAGUGAGGCGAGGCCAACGCACUGUUCAAUCUGAGACCAAGUACAUUGAGCUGAUGAUCGUCAAUGACUAUGAGCUGUUUGUGCAGCUCCGCAGAUCAACCACGCAAGCAAAGAUUUUUGCCAAAUCCGUGGUGAACUUGGCAGAUUUGAUCUACAAGGAGCAGCUCAACACCCGCAUUGUCCUGGUGGCCAUGGAAACCUGGUCGUCUGAAAACAAGAUCGCCAUUGGUGAUGAUGCCUUGCUGACCCUGCGAGACUUCAUGAAGUACAGGAAGGAGAGCAUCAAGCAGCGCUAUGAUGCUGUACACCUCUUCUCAGGGAGGACGUUCAGGAGCAGCCGCAGCGAGGCAUCUUACAUUGGGGGCAUCUGCUCGCUGACAAGGGGUGGGGGCAUCAAUGAGUUUGGCAGUGUGGGUCCAAUGGCCAUCACUCUGUGUCAGAGUCUUGGGCAGAACAUCGGCAUGCUUAGGAACAAAGAUCAAACAGCCGCAGGAGGCUGCAGGUGUCCAGAUUGGUCGGGCUGCAUCAUGGAGGAUACAGGCUAUUACCUGCCAAGGAAGUUCUCCCGCUGCAGUAUAGAUCAGUACCUACGCUUCCUCCAGCAAGGAGGGGGGAGCUGCCUGUUUAACAAGCCUACAAAGCUUUUAGACCCGCCAGAGUGUGGCAACGGAUAUGUGGAGCUGGGAGAGCAAUGUGACUGUGGAUCACUGGUGGACUGUACUCAAAGUGGAGCCAACUGCUGUAAGAAGUGCACUCUGACCCACAACGCCAUGUGCAGCAAUGGGCUCUGUUGCAGGGACUGCAAGUAUGAGCUCAGAGGAGUGACGUGCCGUGGUGCUGUGAAUGACUGCGACAUUCCUGAGACCUGCACAGGAGACUCCAGCCAGUGUCCUCACAAUGUCCACAAGCUGGACGGGUACACAUGUGAAGCGGGCCAGGGUCGCUGUUAUGGUGGCCGCUGUAAGACUAGAGAUGGCCAGUGCAGAAGUCUGUGGGGCUUCAACUCAGCUGACAGAUUUUGUUAUGAAAAGCUAAAUUCGGAGGGAACAGAGAAAGGGAACUGUGGACCGAACCCCGGAGGGCAGGGAUGGCUGCCGUGCAACAAACAAGAUGUUCUGUGCGGGCUGCUGCUUUGCACCAAUCUAACAGAAAGGCCCAGAUUUGGUGAACUGCAGGGAAAGCUCACCAGUUUGACAAUCCAUCACCAAAGCAGAUACCUGGACUGCAGUGGGGGUCAUGCAGUGCUGGAUGAUGGUCUGGAUCUAGGCUACGUGGAGGACGGGACGCCGUGCGGGCCAAACAUGAUGUGUUUGGAGCGCCGAUGCCUUCCUGUCCCCACCUUCAACCUCAGCUCCUGCCCAAGCUCCCCAACCUCACACAUCUGCUCCAACCAUGGGACCUGCAGUAAUGAGGUGAAGUGUAUCUGUGAUCCUGAAUACACCGGAAAGGACUGCAGCGUGUUCGACCCGAGUCCCUCUCCAACCCCAGCAGAGGACCUAGAAAAAAGAGGGCCGAGUGGAACCAAUAUCAUAAUAGGUUCAGUUGCCGGUGCAAUUCUGAUAGCUGCAAUAAUCCUGGGGGGAACUGGCUGGGGAUUCAAGAACAUCAGGAAAGGACGAUCUUCAGGAGUCUGAAUUGUGUUUCCUGUCUUCCUUCUAUCCUGUCCCCUUUGAGGGAAGAGAACAGAGCCGUCUUCUUCUUCCUCAGCCAUCGGGUCUUUUUAUUUAUUUUUUUUCCUAUCUCCUGCUCCGACCGUUGAUUCUAACUCCAGCUGAGUUUAGUCUGCCUGGAGAAAAAACAUCUGAAUGAUGGGGAAGUCAGGAGGAAGAAGGAUCUUCCCAAUGUUCUUGCCGGCAGUCGUUGGAUUUGUAUGGGAGCUGAUUUCUACGUUACAGUUGACCGCAUCGCUUCCUGUUUUCUUCUUAUUUAACCUCAUGGUUCUGGACACAGACUGUAGAUCCGACUCUUAUGUUUCCCCCCUUUAAGUAAUUAAAACAAACCUCUGAGUUCCUGGAGCAGCCUUCUCCUCUCUAUGAUGGGACUUUACCUGCAAUACAGGUGGUUCAAAUAUCAUUUAUUGUAAUUGAAAGUUGGCAUUUUGUCCACUCAGACAUGCCAUAGAUUAGAACUGUACAUUCCACAAUAAUAGCCAUAAUUUCUGCUCUUAUGCUGCCUUGAUAUGAUAUAUGUGCUACAGGACCUUUUAAAGGAAGCUAGUUCUUAAAGACAUCGGAACAGCCUGACGGAAAAUUGCACAUGUCUGCACUGAAUGUAUUCUCCCUGCUGUAAAAUAUAUAAUCCAUAUCCAAACUUAUAUAUUUACAUAUGUACAUAUAUUCAGACAUAGGAAAAGGUUUAGGAGCUUCUUAGUUUGGGGGAUUUUUUAUUUGUUUAUAACUGACUGAGCUCUCAAAGUAGCACUUUCCUUUUACUAUAUCAUUUCUUAUGAAAGCUGUAAAAAGGGAGUGAUAACAUGUUUAUUGGAGUAACAGAAAAUAUGAAUUAUUACAGAAUUAGACCGAGUUAGAAUUAGCGUCCUCUUCUAAAUAUAGCCUCUAGAUCCCUCCUGUUAGCCUUUGUGGAGUUUCUAGAUCAGAGGUCUUCAUUACCCUAUCCCCAACCCUCCAUAUUUAACUUUCUGAUUUUUGUAAAAGAAAUUAUCUCAGUGGUCGACCUCCAUCUUUGUGUCGCUAUUAGUCACAGCCAAAGCCCAAGUAAUUAUCUGUUACAAACAUUUAAAUCAGUAAAUUUGCAAAUGUCCACAUCUUUGCACACUUUUUUCAACUUUAGUGCACUUCUUACAUCAAAAUCAAAUAUUUACAUACCCCCUUUAAUCUCAGCCUACUGUCAGAAAAACAAGCCACUAGUGUCCGUACUCAAAAAAAUAAAAAUAAAUAAAAAGGAUUUGCUAAUAAUCUUUAUUUGGUAACUAUCCCAGUACUUGGAUGUUCCUCAGAAUGGUAAAUAUGCUGCUGUUUCUUUUUACAUUAAAGUACAGGGAAUUAUUGUGAAGGCUUCGCAAACUUUUUCUUAUGACGUUACAUAUGCAUACAGAAAUGCUAAACAUGGGUGCUGUUGUAAAUAGCUUAGAGUCUAAAUUAGACAGCAGUGACUUACUGCCACUGUGAACGGAAGCACAAGUCUUUUACAGAGACUCUUCUUCCUGCCUCCAACAGAGGAAAUAGUCAGAAAGGGUCUAAAUAAAACAGUUGACGACUGUCAUGUUACAUAUAUGCCUCAGAGAGAUUUAAACACAACGGCAGGGUGUGUAACUGACACAUCAGGUCAGGAAUCUCCUGCUGGGACUUGGAAACUCCUGUAUACAGUUUUUACAUUUUGUCCUUUUUAAACCGCAAACCUGAUUUUAUGCGAAAGAUCAACACAAAGUGAUCAUUUGAUGCUGAAGUGGGGUUUUGGGUUACAUCUCUUCCAACUUUGAAGUUGGCUCACUUUUCUUUGGCAAAGUUUCAUUUCAAUCAGGUUCUGUCACCUGCCUUGACUCAUGUAAACUUAAGCGUCCUCUCAUUCUUAAUCUACAGAGCUCAAUACGUCAUUGGUUCCCCUGUGCAGCUAUGGAAGCUUAACCCUUCAGGAAACGCUGUCAUAUGGUCUAGGAGAGGGUUUAUGGGAAGUUUCGGACAUUUUUUUGGAGGUCACACGCUGAUGUUUGAUGAGAAGGCCUGCCUCUCAGCCUCCGCUCUAAUUCAUCCCAAAGGUGUUUUGUUUGGUUAUCGUCAGGACAGGAAUCCAUGCAGCACAGUCAGGCUGAUGCCAAUUUUUUUACACACAUUAAUUUAAUGACCUUGCUGCACAUGCAUUUUUCCUAUUGGAAGAGGAAGUGAUCAUGUUCAAACUGCUCCCACAAAAUUCAAUGAUGCAGAAGCACAAUUACUAAAUCACUGCAAAAACUAUCUAGAAAUAAGUGCAAGUUGCUUAAAAUAAGUGCAUUUACCCUUAAAUUUAAGAAGGUAAAUAAGACAAUCUUCUAACGGAAUGAGUCGUUUUACUCUUGGAUAAGAUCAUUAGAUUGUACACUUUUUUGCACUUGAAAUAAUGAAAUGCAAUAUCUUUUUUAUUUAAAAUGUAAAUUGUCUUAUUCCAUCAGCAAAGUGCUUCACUUACCUGCUUAAUUCAAGAAAAAAAUAUUUAUAUUUUAAGAAAAAUGUACUUACUUGGAUUACAUUUUUUUUUUUUUUUUUUUUUAGUGCUCCAGAGAACACACCUCCACUGCUCUAGCGUUCAGUAGUGGCACACUUUAUGGCCCUUUAAAUUGCAUUUAGUGAUGUAUGGUUUGGAUGUAGCUGGUGGGUUAUCAAAACUUUUCCCAAGAAGCUUUAUGUGCAAAGUUCUUGAGCCAAUCUGAAGAAUACAUGAAAUUUUGAGGUCUUUGCAAACAUUUGUGUCUUCUGUCCACCUCGUGUCUAUACAUGGCAAUCGCUUCCACUUGAAGAUACCACUGACAGUUGACAAACAUGACUAGAUUUCCAUCACAGUACCUCUUUGGAAUUCACCAAGCUAAAAAUUACUAGACCUUUGCCAAAGGUUUGUAGAAAGAGUCUGCAUGCCAUGGAAAUAUUUUUAACAACUAAAUUAUAUUAUUUAAAUAGUUAAAGAAUACUUUUGGCAAUAUAAUUUAAGUCUUCCCACAGAUCCUCUAUUGGAACUUUUGUUCGGCUCUACCGCAUGAAUAUGUCUAAAUCUAAACGGUAUCCAUCAAUCCACAGAUAGGUUAUACCUGCAGGGUCACUUUUUAAAAUGUAUAAAUAAUAUUAGAAAACUGUGCCACUUCACGAUUACUUCACUUUAUGUUGAUCUGAUAUAUAAACUGAUAAAAUGCAUUGAAGUUUGUGGUUUAAAUCUGACCAAAUGUAAACAACUUGUGCAAGGCACAGUAAAUUUAUGCAGCUGUGCAACCAAACUGCGAAAAGCAUAUAAAAUAUAAAGUUAAGUGAUACAAAAGUUUCACAUAAGCAAUACAUUUAGUUUAGAUCAUAAUAUCUAAACUGUUACUAUGUAGAAAACCAGUAAAAUUAGCUAAGCUGUUUUUCUGUGACAUCACUUCCUUCUGAGCUGUGGAGUGUGUCACAUCUGGCUCCUCCGGUUAUCCCUCAUCAGGUGUUGUCUUCUAACAGGUUUCAGCAGGGCAGCGGCAUAGAUCCCCAGAAGAACGAUCAAACUACACUGCCAGCAUCCUACAGUGGCAUUAAAGGAGUAUCUUCUGAUUUAAAGGCAGGAUGAUGACUGAGGAAAAGAUGAGGUUAUGAUUUGUUUCCUGAGUAUGGAUGUGGAUGUUGGCAUCAUUUUCUCCUGACUUUCGAUGCAAACACAUAAUUAACUAUAUUAAAGAAUACCUGAAUACCUGA